UCGGGGGGAGCGUGGUGGCUGCCGCCGGGACCCCGGGAGAGACAGGGCGUUAGUGGGAGCAGGCAGGACUCAGUCUCCCUCUUUGCCUCCGGCCAUUUACACAUGGGGAAACCGAGGCACGGGCUGCUGGCUGACUCCUGACAGCCACCGUUGGUAGCGAGAGCCCCAGGCAUUUUGAUUUGCUGUCUUUUUACAGCAUGGACACCAAAUUGCUAAAAACAUACUUUGGGACUGCCAAUGAAUUUUAUCUUUUGCAGUUUUACGACAAACUUACUAGUGGUUCAUUUUUUGAGCUAAUGUUCUGAAGUUACUAUCACAAUGAGUUCAGGCUUAUGGAGCCAAGAAAAAGUUACUUCACCCUAUUGGGAAGAGCGGAUUUUUUAUUUGCUUCUUCAAGAAUGCAGCGUUACAGACAAACAGACACAAAAGCUCCUUAAAGUACCAAAGGGGAGUAUAGGACAGUACAUCCAAGACCGCUCUGUGGGGCAUUCGAGGAUUCCUUCCGCCAAAGGCAAGAAAAAUCAGAUUGGAUUAAAAAUCCUAGAGCAACCCCACGCAGUUCUCUUUGUUGACGAAAAGGAUGUUGUAGAGAUAAACGAAAAAUUCACAGAGUUACUGUUGGCCAUAACCAACUGUGAGGAGAGGCUGAGCCUGUUUAAAAACAGAAGCAGACUAAGUAAAGGUCUCCAGAUAGAUGUGGGCUGCCCUGUGAAGGUGCAGCUGCGGUCUGGGGAAGAGAAAUUUCCAGGAGUUGUGCGCUUCAGAGGACCCUUAUUAGCAGAGAGGACGGUGUCGGGGAUAUUCUUUGGAGUAGAAUUACUGGAAGAAGGUCGUGGUCAAGGUUUCACUGAUGGGGUAUAUCAAGGGAAACAGCUUUUUCAGUGUGAUGAAGAUUGUGGAGUAUUUGUUGCAUUGGACAAGCUAGAAAUCAUAGAAGACGAUGACAAUGGACUGGAAAGUGAUUAUGCAGGCCCAGUGGACACAUUGCAGGUUGAACUCCCCCCUUUGGAAAUAAACUCCAGAGUUUCUUUGAAGGUUGGAGAAACUAUAGAAUCUGGAACAGUUAUAUUCUGUGAUGUUUUGCCAGGAAAAGAGAGCUUAGGAUAUUUUGUUGGUGUGGACAUGGAUAACCCUAUUGGCAACUGGGAUGGAAAAUUUGAUGGAGUACAGCUUUGUAGUUUUGCAAGUGUUGAAAGUACAAUUCUCUUGCACAUCAAUGAUAUCAUCCCAGCUUUAUCAGAUAGCGUGACACAGGAAAGGAGGCCUCCCAAACUUGCCUUUAUGUCACGAGGUGUUGGGGACAAAGGUUCAUCCAGUCAUAAUAAACCAAAGGCUACAGGAUCUACCUCAGACCCUGGAAAUAGAAAUAGAUCUGAAUUAUUUUAUACCUUAAAUGGGUCUUCUGUUGACUCACAACCACAAUCCAAAUCAAAAAAUACAUGGUACAUUGAUGAAGAAGACCCUGCGAAGUCACUUACAGAUCUAUCUCCAGACUUUGGACAUUCUUCACCACCGCUGCAGCCUCCUUCUAUGAACUCCUUAUCCAGCGAGAACAGAUUUCACUCUUUGCCCUUCAGCUUGACGAAGAUGCCCAACACCAAUGGCAGCAUGGCUCACAGUCCACUGUCACUGUCUGUGCAGUCUGUGAUGGGCGAGCUGAACAGUGCUCCUGUGCAGGAGAGCCCGCCCUUGCCUGUGUCCUCUGGUAACUCACAUGGUCUGGAAGUGGGCUCACUGGCUGAAGUGAAGGAGAAUCCUCCUUUUUAUGGGGUCAUCCGCUGGAUUGGUCAGCCACCAGGGCUCAGUGAAGUACUAGCUGGACUGGAACUGGAGGACGAAUGUGCAGGCUGCACAGAUGGAACCUUCAGGGGCACUCGAUAUUUCACCUGUGCCCUGAAGAAGGCGCUGUUCGUGAAACUGAAGAGCUGCAGGCCAGACUCUAGGUUUGCGUCCCUGCAGCCGGUCUCCAAUCAGAUCGAGCGCUGCAAUUCCUUAGCAUUUGGAGGAUAUUUAAGUGAAGUGGUAGAAGAAAACACUCCACCAAAAAUGGAAAAAGAAGGUUUGGAGAUAAUGAUUGGAAAGAAGAAAGGUAUCCAGGGUCAUUAUAAUUCUUGUUACUUAGAUUCAACCUUAUUUUGCUUAUUUGCUUUUAGUUCUGUUCUGGACACUGUGUUACUUAGACCCAAAGAAAAGAAUGAUGUAGAGUAUUACAGUGAAACACAAGAACUACUGAGGACAGAAAUUGUUAAUCCUCUGCGAAUAUAUGGAUAUGUAUGUGCGACAAAAAUUAUGAAACUGAGGAAAAUACUUGAAAAAGUUGAGGCUGCAUCAGGAUUUACCUCUGAAGAAAAAGAUCCUGAAGAAUUCUUAAAUAUCCUGUUUCACCACAUUUUAAGGGUAGAACCAUUGUUAAAAAUAAGAUCAGCAGGUCAAAAAGUACAAGAUUGUUACUUCUAUCAAAUUUUUAUGGAAAAAAAUGAGAAAGUUGGAGUUCCUACAAUUCAACAGUUAUUAGAAUGGUCAUUUAUCAACAGUAACCUGAAAUUUGCAGAGGCACCAUCAUGUCUUAUUAUUCAGAUGCCUCGAUUUGGAAAAGACUUUAAAUUAUUUAAAAAAAUUUUUCCUUCUUUGGAAUUAAAUAUAACAGAUUUACUUGAAGAUACUCCCAGACAGUGCCGGAUCUGCGGAGGGCUCGCGAUGUAUGAGUGUAGAGAGUGCUACGAUGAUCCGGACAUCUCUGCUGGAAAGAUCAAGCAGUUUUGUAAAACUUGCAACACUCAAGUCCACCUUCAUCCCAAGAGGUUGAAUCAUAAAUAUAACCCAGUGUCGCUCCCCAAAGAUUUGCCUGACUGGGACUGGAGACACGGCUGCAUCCCCUGCCAGAAGAUGGAGUUGUUUGCUGUGCUCUGCAUAGAAACAAGUCAUUAUGUCGCCUUUGUGAAGUACGGGAAAGAUGAUUCUGCCUGGCUCUUCUUCGACAGCAUGGCCGACCGGGAUGGUGGUCAGAAUGGCUUCAACAUUCCCCAGGUGACCCCCUGCCCGGAAGUGGGAGAGUACCUGAAGAUGUCUCCCGAGGACCUGCAUUCCUUGGACUCUAGGAGAAUCCAAGGCUGUGCUCGCAGACUUCUUUGCGAUGCAUAUAUGUGCAUGUACCAGAGUCCGACCAUGAGCUUGUACAAGUAGCGGGUCAUCCCGGGAGGUGAAGAGACUGCACGCAAAAUGUUAGUGUCAGCUGCCUGGAGCUGGCAGUUCUGUUCCACUCCCAUUGCCGGCAAUGGGUGUCUUUGUGUGGUGGCGAUUCAGAAAAGGAUUCCUGUGCUUCAAAACCAAUUGCUUUUGUGUUACUGAAGUAUUUAAUAAGAAGCAUUUUGCACUCUAGAAAGUAUGUUUGUGUUGGUUUUAUAAGAAGUCUAAAUGAAGUUAAUACCUGAAGCUUUAAGUUAACUGCAUUGAUUAUAUAAUAUUUUUGGAAGCAUAAAAUUUUAAUUGUGACAGUUUAAAACCUCUUUUAGUCCAUUGAGAAUGUAAAUAAAUGUUUCUUCUUUCUGGACCAAGGAUAUGAAAUAAUUUUUCCUUUGUAGCUAACCGUUGCCUUGAGGAAGAAAUAAUUUGGUUUCAUUAAGAGUCUACUUUCAAUCCAGCUGUUACAGGUGUGCUGCGUUUGCCUUGUUAAUCCCUUCCUCCUUACUGCUGAUUCCUGCAUGUCUGCAAUCUGCUGAGUUUUUGUGUUUCUGCAAUAGUGGUCAGAAAAAUACUGAAAUUCCCCUAAUGGUGUUGUUUUCUACUUGUUCUGGUUUUGAGAUAAAUGAGUGAUUCUGUCAUAAAAUGUCCAUUUUUGAUGUACUUUUCCUGGAGGACUAGGGUAUUCAGCAAUUGAAGCUCUGUAGUCACUGUAAGUGUCACCUAACGGGAUUUUUUAGGCACUAUUUUUAUGCAACACAGCACAGUAAAUUUUAGAAAAGAUUGGAGUAAUAAGUAAAUAAUAAACUCUUAUACAGUCUGUAAGAAAAAUUUGGCAUCUAGAAUUACUCAUUAAUAUUUCCCUGAAAAGAUAGAUAUUUAAACCUUUAUUUAAAUAAAUAAGAGGCUUAUUUUAAAUAAACUUCUGUUACUUUGAAUAAGGCAGUUGCUUUAAAUUUGAUCAGUCAGCCAGUACACUCACUAAAUUCAGUUUGGUUUUGCUUGAGAUAGUGAUGAUUCUGAAUCAUAUUUUAUUGAAGUGUUAGCAGUGGCUUCAUCCUCCCUCUGAUUAAGUAAAUAGAAAAUGGAUGUUUUCUUAGGUAUAUCCAUAGUGUGUGUAGACCACAGUGGAUGUUGUAGACUAGAAUCAUAGAUUUUCAAUGUCAGUGCUGUGGAACAUAUAUCCCUUGAGUAUUGUUCUGUGAUAUUGUUGUGUUUUUGGAACAACUUUCUAACUUUGCAGAAAGGCAGAAAAGAUGUCAUAUGUAUAUAGCAUAUGACUACAAUACUGAAUGUCAAAAAAAAACAAAACAACCUAGAAAGAGUCUUUAGCAACCCUGCAGUUAUUUUUUUAAAGAUUCCCUUUGGUUUUAUCAUUCCAUUUUGCUGGUAUUUAUUAGCUUUAUAAAUCAUAAUAAGGUAAAAAACUUUUCCAUUGUAUAACCUCUUCAUUUUUGAAGUGAAGAAGUAGGUAUGUUUUGUACUGCUUACGUGGGGCUGUGAGGUGAUAACUAGAUGAAGGGUGUGGGCUGAGGACUCCUGGCCUUCCCCUUGGGACGGGGGGCCAUGGGAUGCAGUGUCUCAGUUCUGUGCUAGCUCUGCAUAGCUACAAGGUGCUGAAUGAAGAACGGGUGAAUGAGGACCAGUGUGAUCCCAGCAGGUUAGCUGCAGGAGUGAUCUGCAUCUGUGCGUAGAUGAGACUGGACCUCACAGUGAAGAGAGAGAGAAGACAGUUCUUUUUCUGUAAAAAGGAAGACAAAAUACAAGGUGGAGAAGAUCUCUGGUUGGCUUACAUGGUAGACGGCUGCAAGACUUGCUUGGAAGCCGGCUUGAUUCCAAAUUCCACAGGGCAGAGCCCUUGAAGGUGGGAGAGGCCUUGUCCAAAAACGGUUUCUAACAUUUUCUCCAGGUGGGGAUCAUUACUGAGGAGGGGGGCACAUGGGAAGGGAGGCCCAUGUCUUUGUCCUGCUCCUGAGAACCACCAGGAUGGCCAGAGAAGCCUCUUCUCUCAUCUGUCCCUCGCAUCCUCCUGGGAAGUCCCUCUUCGUUCCUUCUUCUGACAGGGCCUGGGGUGUCCAGGGGGCAUGGUCAAGCCUGGGCUGCAUGACACAGAUGUCCAGUGUGCCUGCUGAGUUAGUUAGCUUUCAGUUUUAGGUUUUCUCUGGUAUUCUGUUGGCUUUUAAAAUGUUUUCUCAUUUUUCUUCAUCAUCUCUACAUUCAAGAUAAAAUAUAGUAAGUAGAAUCAUCUUUAUAUCAUGGCUCAUGAUUCAUAGCUACAGAUAGAAACUAUAGCAAGUGGUGUUCCUCCACCUCCAAAUAAAUACAUGUGUGUUUAUAUGUGGAAGAACAGGUUGGCAGGGGAGACAGGAGGGAGAGAGACAGACAGACUGACUGUGUUAUAGAUGCUAGAUGUGUCCUGUCCCUCACUAAUAGCUUUAUGAAGGAGUCUGACUCCAGCCACAAAAGAAUGUCUUCUGAGACUGGGAAAACAUUGGAAACCAAGAGAAAUUAUUUAAAAAUGAGUAUAAUUGUUGCAGUUACUAAGGUUUUUCUGUUUAGAAUAUUUUAGAAUUUUUGUAACUUAUAUUUGCCAAGUGCUUAGUAAAUGGUCAGGUUCUUGCUGUCCCCUGAUUCAUUUAUUCUCCCACACAUAGUCACUUGAGAACAAAGGGAGGCGACCAGAAUUAGUCUUACGGAACUUAGGCUGUCUGCCCAAAUUUCUGUUUGUCCGAAUGUGGCAUCUUCAUAGAUUCUGGAGUUGCUCCCCUUCUAGGCUGGAUCUCACUGUGCAGCCAGGUAAUUUUGCAUCUGCUUGGAUGAUUAUAGACUGAGAUGUGCAUGGAGAAUGUGGAAUCAAAUCUUCACUGAGCGGCUGCCAGCAGGAAUUUAUUGGACAUAGAUUAGGUACCUAGGAUCAUGUCACAGACAUAUCAGACCUGGUCACUGCUCCAAACAGCUCAGUACCUAACUUCAACCAGAGCAUCCACUGGGUCUGUUAGCAUAAGUGAGAGGUGACAGUUCUGGGGCAGCUUCAGGUGGCAGUUUGGUGUCGCAGGAAGGGAAAGGCCUGGGGACAAGGACCCUGGACCAGUUCUCUGUUCCUGCUGUGUGAUGUUAGAUGACUCGACUGCUUGGGCUUUCGUGUCUUCCUGUUUGUAAUGAGGGGGAUUGGACUGUUGGAUUUUAUAGGGGAAGAAAAAGUAGAAAUUCUAAGAUCCCGGGCCAUGGCUGCUGGACCUGACCCUCACAAGGGGCUAGAAAUGUGCUGGGCAGACUGUUACCUGCCGAACCUGAUGACCAGCCAGGGUGGAAGCCACUGAGCUAGAACACCUCAAAUGUCCCUUCUCCUUUUGUGACCAUGUAUUGCUGUUGUAUUGACUAUUCUACAUAAAUGUGAGUAGUUGAGUGUUCAUCCUAUUGUUAUCUGUGUUUAUAUGUGAACUUAUAUAAGACAUGAAUUUCAGUAUGUGUGCCUCAACACACAUUUCCUGAAAGUUUUAGCCAUUUUUGGAACACAAAUGAGUCUUAAGAGGAUAUUUGAUACAGACAUUUUCCUUCCAUCUUAUUUCUUUAGGGGAAGGUGAGGCUCUGGAAGCCAAAGAAACAGAAAAACAUAAUUUUCGUGUAGGGAAAAAAAUUAUACAAUUUCUUACUAUCCGCUACAUUAUGAUGAAAAAUUUAAAAUUUUGUGGUAAGAUAUUUCUCUGGAGUAACAGGUCAUCUUAUCAUAAAGUAAGAUGUCCUUGGUAAAGUCGAUGAGCCACUAGGUCUGUAAUAAAAGCAAAUCCACUUCCGUCGGGCCACCUCAAUUCUCCAUGGAUGGGCAGAGUCCUUGACUUCCCCACAGCAGGUUGGGGCCCAGGGAAGGAGAGGCUAAACUGGCAAGAGGAGGUAGUGCAGGAAAUAGGGGGGCCCUUAGCCAAGCUGCAGCCACAGGAGGCAGGGUUUCUGUGCUUCUGGGACUGUCCCCUUGUCCCAGAUCAGGACUUCAGAGAGGGAGGCUGCCUGCGGAGAGCUGGCCUUGCUCCUGUCUCUUCUCCUUUCAGAUGUCUUAGUAGGAUGGGCAAAGCUCUUCCUCUUAGAAUAAAUCCUGGAGCAGCUGAAGGCUUUCUUUUGAGUCCGGAAGCAGUGAUGGAGUUAACUGGUGGAGUGGCUGGGAAGAGUGACAAAGCGGAAGGGAGUAAGCGUGAAGGGCAGUGCUCAGAGCCAGGGGACUUCAGGGCUGCUUCUUUCUUGGCAGUGGCCACAUUUUUUUCUUUGUAUUUUAAAAUCUUCCAUUUCUUUCCCUAACAGAGUUCAGGAGGCGGGCCCAUGAUGGAGGGAUUCUCUUUCUAAGCACCAUGGCUUCAGAUAUAAUUCUCCAGUGCUUUUAAAUCCUGUUCAUUGUCACUUUUUAUUUAUUCUAAAGGAUUAUACUGGAGACUCAGCUGUCUUUGGUUUUGUAUUGUUAAAUGGCCUUGUGCUAUGAAAUUUUAACUCUGCGAAGUCUUAGCAUCAUACCAUAAACACUUAUGAAAACAAAUCCUGUUGAUGCUUUCCAGGGGCACUGUGGUUCUUGGUAGGCAAAGGAGCACAUUUUGUACUGCAUUUCCAUUUCUGGUAUCCUGUUGAGCACUUUUAAAUUUUUUUGCCUGAAGAACAGCUUAUACUUAUGAAAACAUUCUUUAAGAACAACACCACAUAAAAUACCCCUUUACUAUCAGAUUGCUCUGAUUUAGCCUUAAUUUUGUUAAACUUUUUAGAGAUGAAUGAAGUGCUGCUGUGGAAAGAAAUGUACU